AUGAAAGUGAAUGAUAGAAUGAGUAAGAGUUUAGUAUGUUUAGCAGUGUUCAUUUUAUUUCUUUUUGCUUCUUUGUUCUAUACUGGAACUAUCGAUUACAGAUCAAGUUUUUCUCUGUUCGAUUCUCCGUUGAGUAAACCUAACCCCUGUUUCACUGAAGAAUCAGACAUUGGACCUCUCAAGGUUUACAUGUAUGAUCUUGAAAUGAAAUACAAUGUCGGAUUUUUGAAAGGAUCAUCGCAUUAUAAUGCUCCUCCUGUUACUAUCGACACUUUGCCUAAAUGGCCCAAGUAUACGGGUUUGAGGAAACAACAUAGUGUAGAGUAUUGGAUGUUGGCCUCAUUGUUGUCUUCAAUUGAUGAUCAAACACGAGAGGCUGUUAGGGUUUUUGAUCCUGAAUCUGCUAAUGUGUUUUUUGUCCCUUUUUUCUCUUCAUUGAGUUAUAAUACUUACUAUAGACAUGGCAAUGAUUCAGAGGUCAAAUAUGAUGAUGAAUUGCAGGCUGAAAUUGUGGACUUCUUACAAAAGUCUGAACAUUGGAAGAGGUCUGCUGGUCGGGAUCAUGUGAUUCCAAUGCAUCAUCCAAAUGCUUUCAAGCGUUACCGGGAGAAGGUGAAUGCUGCUAUUUUCAUUGUUGCAGAUUUUGGUCGUCCUCCUCCAACAGUGUCUAAUUUGAGGAAAGAUGUAGUAGCCCCAUAUGCACACGUGGUUGAAACUUUUGAAGCUGAUGAUAAUUCAGACCCAUAUGAGUCCCGCACAACGCUUCUUUUCUUCCGUGGGAGGACAGACAGAAAAGAUGAUGGAAAAGACCGUCAGCAAAUGAAAGACAUGUUGAGUGGUCAGAAGGAUGUUGUCUUUGAAGCAGCAGGAAUCUCAGGGAAAGGUGUAAAUGAAUCAACAAAUGGGAUGCGUUUGUCAAAGUUCUGUCUACACCCAGCAGGGGACACCCCAUCAUCUUGCCGCCUGUUUGAUGCAAUAGUGAGCCAUUGUGUUCCUGUAAUUGUGAGUGACAAAAUUGAGCUACCUUUUGAGGAUGAAUUAGACUAUACCAAAUUCUCGAUGUUUUUCUCACGUGAGGAGGCAAAGAAAGAAGGAUACAUGCUUGAUCAGCUGAGGAGUGUUUCAAAAGCAAGAUGGGUUGAAAUGUGGGGCUAUCUUAAGAACAUUAGCCAUCAUUUUGAGUACCAAUACCCUCCGAAAAAGGGUGAUGCUGUAAACAUGAUAUGGAGGGAGGUGAAGCACAAGCUUCCUGCUACCCAACUUGAUGUACAUAGGAACAGAAGGUUGAAAGUGCCAGAUUGGUGGAGAUAGUGUAUAAUACUGUAUGUACAUUUUGUAUACCAAUAUUGAUAGAGCAAAGAGCAGCAUCUGGAUUAUAUGAAAUAUUAUUAACAUUAGUUGAACAAUUCUGCAUUGGAGAUUGAGGGUUACUUGGUUUAUGCGACGAUAGCUUACCCAACAUUCAGCAUAUUGGUUACAAGUGCUUUGAUCAUA